GGAAAUGGCUGCCGAAAACAAGCCGGAAGGACUGAAGAAAAUCCGUAAUCCGGAUCGAAUGUACAGAACCGCUGUUGGUUACACUGGCCACGUUCCUCCUAAGAGUGUCAGCGAUGACACAGACAACAACAAUGAACAUGGCCAUUUGAAAAUCUACCUGCCCAAGAAGCUUCUGGAAUGCCUUCCCAAAUGCUCCUCCCUGCCCAAGGAGAGACAUCGCUGGAACACCAACGAGGAAAUUGCAGCCUACUUGAUAACAUUUGAAAAACAUGAAGAGUGGCUGACGACAUCGCCCAAAACCAGGCCACAGAAUGGGUCUAUGAUACUCUACAACAGGAAGAAGGUGAAGUACAGAAAAGAUGGCUACUGCUGGAAGAAAAGAAAAGAUGGCAAAACCACUCGGGAGGAUCACAUGAAACUCAAAGUUCAGGGAGUGGAGUGUCUUUACGGCUGCUAUGUCCACUCCUCCAUCAUUCCCACGUUCCACCGACGCUGUUACUGGCUGCUUCAGAAUCCUGACAUUGUGCUUGUCCACUACCUGAACGUGCCUGCCAUAGAGGACUGUGGAAAGCCAUGUGGACCUAUCCUGUGUUCCAUCAACACAGAUAAGAAAGAAUGGGCCAAGUGGACCAAGGAAGAGCUCAUUGGGCAGCUUAAACCAAUGUUUCAUGGCAUCAAGUGGACUUGCAGCAAUGGGAAUAGCAGCACUGGCUUCUCAGCAGAGCAGCUCGUGCAGCAGAUUCUGGACAGCCACCAGACCAAGCCUCCUCCCCGGACUCACAACUGCCUCUGUACGGGCAACCUGGGUGCUGGGAGCAGCCUACAUCACAAAUGCAACAGUGCCAAACACCGCAUAAUUUCUCCAAAAGUCGACACACGUGCUGGAGGUGCCUAUGGCACCCACUCUGAGGUUCAGAACAACGAUGUGUCAGAGGGAAAGACGGAGCUCAGCCACAGUGGUGUAAAAAACAGCAGGGCAGGGGGUGACGGCACAGGAGGGACGGGAGUGCGCGAGAAAAGAAAUGGCAAGGUGCACAAGCCGGCCCUUCUCCAUCAGAACAGCAUGGAGGUGUCCUCCACCAACCAGGUGGAAGUACCAGAUACCACCCAGAGCUCACCUGUGUCCAUCAGCAGUGGCCUAAACUCCGACCCUGAUAUGGCCGACAGUCCGGUAUUGACAGGCAUGGGUCAUGUGGCAUCGGUAAUGAGUAGCCUGUCUCAGUCCGCAAAUGUUUUCAUGUCCGAAGUCUCUGCAGACCCUGUCUAUAGUAUGUCACCCACUGUAGACCCCAACGCUCACCUCUUGGGUCCAGACACAGCUUCAAGCAGUCUGGUUUUGGCGGUGACAGCCGAAAGUCACAAGUUUGCCUUCACUGGGGCAGUCGGUGUGGGUUUAGGUGACGCAGGGUCAGCGGACGGACUCGCUAUGUUGUCAACAGCUGGCGUAUCUGAAGAACUGGUGCUCUCUAGUAACCUGGAGUCUGGAAGUAUCAAGCUGCCUGAGACGAAUAUGAACUUCGACCCUGACUGCUUCCUUAACAACCCCAAGCAAGGUCAAACCUACGGAGGAAAUGGGAUGAAAACGGAGGAGAGCAACGGCAGAAGCUGUAGUAACGGGGGCUUGCGAUGUUCUCCGCCACUCAAUGACAAUGGGUACUGCUUCAACCCCACUCUGGUGAAGAACAUCAAGACUGAGGAUACGUCAUUUGAACAACAGUUGGCUACAGAGGGUGGCUAUCAUGUCGGGGAGGUCGUGAGUGGUGCCGUUGGUAUUUCUGGUUCCUCAAGCAAUGGACCCACCCAAAACUCCCUGGCUUUGACUCCAACUGGUUCGUUACUGCCCUCUGGAGGUGGGCUGAGUCCUAGCACCACACUUGAGCAGAUGGACUUCAGCGCCAUUGAUGCCAAGCAAGACUAUCCAAACAACGUCAUGUCUGCUGCAGGCUAUGGCCCAGCAAUCUCCAGCUCUCACCUGGCCCACCAAAGCCAUUCACCAAGCUUCUUCCUCCAAGGUUCUCCUCAGUCUACCCAAACCCAACAGAACAACUCCAGUACCAACCAGAACUCCCAUGACUCUGCGUACAUGGGCAUGUCAGUUGUCAAAACGGACUCAACAGGAACCAAUGGGCACCUGCACCACCAUCAUCACCACACUGCCUCUAACUGCAACGGUAACUCUCCAACUGAACAAAAUGGGCAGGCUGGUUCUCUCCAGCUUUUGCAGUACCAGAACCGCUUUCCAAAUCCAGGCCAAGACCAUGAAGAAAUUGGUGGUUUGGAGCAGUCGACAAGAGCAGAACCAGGGGAUGGAAGCUCUCAAGAAAAGGAGAAUGAGGGUUUGAUGAAACCAGGUGACCAUUUGCAGCCCAUUGGGGCAGGAGAAACCGACGGUGUUCGAGGCACGGAGCAUUACCUCCAGCCGUCAACAGAAGGCACCGGGGUGGGGCAAGGGAACGGGGCAACGAGCACAAGGACGGAAAGUGGAACUCUUUGUAAUGCCGUUGAGGGAAACGGAACCACAAACAGCCCCCAUCAACAGCUCCAGCCGCUUCUACAAGGAGCCGGUUUGGUGCAGGGACUUUUCAGUGCCAUAGGGACCCACGGCAGUGGAACCAACGGAGGAGGCUCCAUGGAGAUCAACCUGGACCAUUUUGAUGUUUCCUUUGGGAAUCAGUUCUCAGAUCUCAUCAAUGAUUUUAUCGCAGUGGAGGGUGGUAGUGGUGCAUCUGUAGUGCCGGGUGCCAACACGCUGUAUGGUCACCAACUCAUGGCCCAUUCAGGAACAGAGGUGCAGGUUUCCUCUGGAAUCACAUCGCAACAGGUUCCAGAAGAUGGAGCUCAUGGGGCAAGGGGGUAUAAUUCAGCAGAGCUCUGUCUCCAGCCCUGUUGCAGUCCGCAGUCUACACAGGCUGGCACUGUAACGGGCGAGGCAGGGCAGCUGGCAUACAUGCAGGUGGCCAAUGCUGUGUCUGCAGCUGUGGCGCAUGGAAACAUGGGAAUGCUGCAGGCCACCGGAAGGCUAUUUGUGAUGACAGAUUAUUCUCCAGAGUGGUCUUAUCCUGAGGGUGGAGUGAAGGUGCUGAUCACUGGUCCAUGGCAGGAGGCCAGCAGUGAAUACACCUGCCUGUUUGAUCAGAUAACAGUUCCAGCCUCUCUCAUCCAGCCUGGGGUGCUACGCUGCUACUGUCCAGCUCAUGACACAGGCCUGGUGACUCUGCAGGUGGCAGCCAGCAGUCAGAUCAUCUCCAACUCAGUGGUGUUUGAGUAUAAAGCUCGAGCCCUCCCUGCUCUGCCCUCCUCUCAACACGACUGGCUCUCUCUGGACGAUAACCAGUUCAGAAUGUCCAUCCUGGAACGUUUGGAGCAGAUGGAGAGAAGGAUGGCAGAGAUGGCCGGUCAACAGCAGGCCAGUGGAGGAACGUCAGAGAGUGGAGGAACCGGAGGAAGUGGAGGAGGAGAAGGAGGAAGAGGCAAUUCUGAGCAGGCACAGUUUUCACCAGGUCAGAGCCAGGGUCAGGCAGGCAGCUCCUUUGAGAGCCGUGUGGUUGUAGUGUGCGAGAAGAUGAUGAACCGGGCCUGCUGGGCGAAGUCCAAGCACCUAAUUCAUUCAAAGACGUUCCGGGGCAUGACUUUACUCCACCUGGCAGCCGCCCAGGGUUACACCACCCUUAUUCAAACACUUAUCAAGUGGCGCACCAAGCAUGCAGACAGUAUUGACCUGGAACUGGAGGUGGAUCCUCUAAAUGUUGAUCACUUCUCUUGCACGCCACUGAUGUGGGCCUGUGCUUUGGGUCAUAUGGAGGUGGCAGUGGUUCUGUAUAAAUGGGAUCGGCGAGCUUUAGCCAUCCCUGAUUCUUUGGGUCGCUUACCACUGGCUAUCGCCCGGUCUCGGGGUCACACCAAGCUGGCCGAGUGUCUGGAAAGCCUUCAGAGGGAAGAGCAGCAGUCAGGUGCACUGGCUACAACUCCCAGCAUACCUUUCUCACCAUCUGCUGAGGCUUCAGCGGCAGAGGGAUGGAUGAAUGUUUGGGGAACUGAAACAGCUUCAGUUGGAUUGAAAGAAAGCAGCAUCACCAGUUCUGCUUCAAUCUCCAGUUCAGACUUGAGGAGACCAAGGUCAGAACCAUCCAGUUUUUAUAGCAGUGUUAGUCAUGGUGACGCCCCGUUAAGUAAGAAACACAAGCCCAACCCUGAGAGCUACCAAACUCGGCCAAGCAAACCCUGUUCUGCCCCUCUCGGACUGGAAGAACAGGCCCACAAGCCUAAAACAUGCCCCGCCAAACCUAGGGAAGGUGAUGGGGAGCAGUCUCAGAUUAAGCUGGCCUCAUCUUGUGGAGGUGGCCGAUGGAGUUUGAGACGAAGGGUGACAACUGGAGGUCUUGGCAAGGAAAGGCUGGCAAACAAGCUGAGAUUAAGAGAAAUGGCUAGCACGGGAACCAUCUCUGAUCUGCGGACAAGCCAAGAGGAUUUGGAGAACACAGGAGAUUUGCAGAACAUGAACAUGAUGACUUUAGCAGAGGAAGUCAUUGCGGCAACGUCUGAUCGCAUCAAGAGCGAAAACUUUGCGUCAGAUUCGACACUAGACAGUGUCAACACCAUGAGCUGGUUGGCCAGUUACCUUGGAGAUGCAGAGAGGUUCCUGUUUAACAAGCCUCUUGCUUCCACACCUGGCCUGGGCACCGUCCAUAGUGGAGGACAGCCAGAACUCGAUGGUCCUCUUGGGAAACUCGGCCUUCAGUCCCCUGCGGAAUGGGCUGCUCUUCUCAACGCCUCCCACAGCAAGGAAGAGCGUGACUUGACCCAGCUGGCGCUGUCUGAUCCUGAACAGAGAGAACUGUACGAGGCAGCCCGCCAGGUCCAGAACACCUUCCGCAAGUACAAGGGUCGUCCGCUGCGGGAGCAGCAGGAACUGGCAGCUGCUGUCAUUCAGCGUUCUUAUAAGAGGUACAAACAGCUGACAUGGAUAGCCUUGAAGUAUGCACUUUAUAAGAAGAUGACGCUGGCCGCCAUCCUUAUCCAGAGUAAAUUCCGCAGUUACCACGAACAGAAGAAGUUCCAGCAGAGUCGCAGGGCAGCUGUGCUGAUCCAGCAAUAUUACCGCAGCUACAAGGAGCUCGGCCGGCUGAACCCACGCAGUCGGGCUACUGCAGCUGCACUGGUGCAGCACAAACUCAGAAGCAGUUUACUGACCAAGAGACAAGACCAAGCUGCAAGAAAAAUCAUGCGGUUUCUGCUGCGGUGCCGUCACAGCCCCUUGAUGGACCAUAGACUAUUCAAACGGGGCGAAAGAAUUGAGAAAGGCCAAGGAACAUGAGAGCACCGCAGAGAGCCCCGUCGCAGUGUAACAUCUACAAACAGACUCUUCCUCUUCAUUAUGUUUUUACAAGAGACAAUUUACAAAAAAAGCAAAAAUGAUUCACAAAGCCGAACAGAAGAGCGUGGAAAAUGCGACAGUUGAACUCUGUCAGCGGUGUGACUGAUUCUGCUACAGCAUUGUGUAUUUUUCUUGCUACAGGGGAGCUAAUCAAGACUAUUGGGGAAAUAUGACAUUAUCUUCAUGGCAUUUUUGCACUCUUCAUAGAAUUUUUUCUUUAGAUUACAAAAAAACAGAGUGAAGACCAAGAAGCAAAGGCUUUUUAUUCUGACAACGCUUGUAAAAUAUCUUGCAAGAUGAAUGAAGGAAACCAGAGAUGCAUCAUGCUGGAAGUCGCUUCAAUUACAUUUUUAUAUUUUGAAAGGAAAAAAUACAAUCAGUUUGAAAAAAAAAAAAAAAAAAAAAAACACUAUAAAAUGUAAACCAAAAAAGGCCUCAUUUCAUUGACCAUAUGCAUGCAGAGUAUUUGAAAUCGAUCCAUCAUCUCCACAAGUCUUUGUUUUCGACAAACGCUGUCCGAUCAUUCAAAGGGAGCACCUUCAUAUGAAUGUAGAUGGGGUCAGGGCAAAAAUUCUAGGUUUGAAAUAUCAGUGUCUUACUUUUUUGUCUUUAUGAGGGUUAGGGUUCUUUUGGCGAUGUCUUUUGGGGAUCGAAUCUCCUUGGGUUUCCUGUUCCUUGUGCACUGUUUUCAACUUUCUUAUGGGUCCUUUUCUUAAUGUCAUUUUUUGCUGGCUCGAUUUUGUGUGUCUCGUGUUUGUUGAAUUGAAUACAGUGCAUGUGAGCGAAACGCUCCUGCAUGCUAACUUAAAUGUUUUGUGUUUUAUCGUUUAUUUGUUUGUUAGUUUUUUCCAAUCAUUCUUAUUAGUGAUACUGUAUUGUGGCACCUUCAAACUAGCACGUAUAAGCCAAACCCUUUGUUUGUUUCAAAGUAUACUGGGAUAAUGACAAUUAUUUUUGUAUUUCAUUUAUUAAUUUAUUUUAUUAGCAUUGGUUUUGCCUUUUUUGUAUUGUACUAUGGUUCUAAAUAUCCUCUUUUUAAAAACGGAAUUUGUGCUUUUUUUUUAUUAUUAUUAUUUAUUUAUCUUAUGUGAUAUGUAUUAUCAAUUGUGCCACAGCGCCAAACUUAUUCGCGAAGGUUAUCUUCCAUUUGUGUGUGCGUGUGUGUGUGUGUGUGUGUGUGUGUGUGCGUUUUUUCAUUGUUGUUGUUUGUUGACUUCUAAGACUUGCGGAAAGCUGAGAUGAGCUUUACCGCAGAGUUUCGCAACACAUUGCCUUGACUUCUUGACUUUUUGAAGGGUCCCCCAUACACAAGCAUAAAAAAUAUUUUUGACUAUUGAGUGGUCCCUGUAAAUAUCGCAGAUGGGUUACAGAACAUUAACAGCCAGAAACUUUUACCGAAGAGGAUUGUAUUUAAGAAUAUAUAUUAUUUUAUUCAUAAAUUGUAUUAGAACACAUUAAGAGAUGAACAAAAAAAAUAUAUUGUAUAGUUUUCUUUGAACACCCAAGAUGUACGGUUGUAUUGUUUGUAAAUAAUGUAAAUAUCAGUCGCAAAGAAGGAGCCAUGUGCAUGAUACUUUACGACACUGAACAUAAUGUAAAGAAAAAAUGUAGUAGCAAUGGUCUGUUAUACAAUUUGAACAGCUUCACUGUAAGACUACUUUGAUGGAAAUGUUCGCGGAACAUUGAAGCAUGACAUUAUUGCAAAAUCACGAUAAAAUCUUAGAUUUAGGGGAAGGGCCAAACAAAUUCAUUGGACACAACUGGAAUUAUUUAGUUUUCCAUUUUAGGGUAAGCAAGUAUUAAAUAGUAUUUUGCCAAUGGUGAUCAGUCAUUAACAGGAAAUAAAUAAGAGACAGAUAUAUAUUAUCACAGUAUUGAAAAAACUAGUACUGAACAACCAGAACUCAUUGCCGCACUUAAACAGCUGAGGUUUCAACGAUACAGAGGAUCAAUUCUCACCACAGUUUUGUCCUGUACAACAUGACUAGAAAGUGUUUUCAUAAUUUAUCAUCACCUUUAAUUCAGCAUGAACAAUGGUAUUGGAUUAGGAUUCGUUUUUGGGUUUUAAAAUUGGGUCAUACCAUUAAACAUAAUGCAACCGUUACUGUCAUCACACUAGCACACAAUAAAAACCGAUGCUAUGAAAGGGCAUAAAUUGGUCAUUAUUGACCGAUUUAUAUUAUGAAUGUAGCUGAAGACCAACACGUGCGUUUCGACUGUCAUCAGAAUCUGAGACUGCCAUUGUUCAUCAUACUCUUUAUUCAAAGCUUUAUUUUAUUUUGUGAUUUCUGGGGGGCUGCUACCAACAUUUCAAAAACCCCAUGGUUGUGUCACAGUCACGUGAACUUUUUUCUUUAAUGCUUUUGUCAGUGUUUGAAAGCAAACGCAACAUCGUUCAUGAAACUUUGAAAAACGUUAGACUCACUGAUGCGCUGAAAUUCCAAAGCAAUUUCAGCUGAUGAGAGGCAUCAUUUUAACUUACACCAGCACAUUUUAUCUGUUCAAAAGAAGAAAGAAAAGGAAAGAAUGUGGUGCUUAAAUGCUGAAUUGUUACGUAUGUAAUUUGAGCUUCUAUCCCCAUCACAUUGCAUCCGAUCGUACAUUUGUAACUUUAUAUUAAGUUAUAGUUACGUUAAAGGUUGGGGGUGGUUAUUUUCCUCGUUAUCUCAGAGACUCAAUAUCAGUAUUCUUAUAGAAAGUGCCUAAAACAUUCUACCAAUAUCAGGAGUGUGUUGUUCCUAAAGAAGGUCAGUAUUAACAGAUUCAGUAUGCAAAACUAAAGGCUGAUUUAACUGUCUAAACUGAAAGUGUGUCAUCUCAGAGCCCAGAACUGUUUCCUCCUCUGACACCCUUUUCAUCCUUGAAUGUGGACACAGCGUAUAGGCACCUAUCAUUUCAUAUUUUUUCACUUACAUUUAUGUCUCCAAAUUUUGUUUUUCAUGAUGUUAAGAUUUAUAGUCUUUAAAUGACCCAGUAAAACACACUAUGCAUGUUUGUUUUUUGUUUUGGGCUUUUUUGUUUGAUUUUGUUUUUCAUUUCUUUUGCUUUUAGUUUUGUUUAGUUUUGUUUGCAUUUGUUUUUUGAUGGUUUUGUGUUGUGUUUUGUUUUGUCGAAUCUGACUUGAACCCGGAAAGUAGGACCUGCUUGGAAAUGUUGACACACGAUUUGAUUUUUGUUUAGUAUGCUUUUUGUUUUGUUUUUAGUUAUUUUGUUUUGUCCAUGUUGGAUCUAACUUUGGCCAGGAUAGUAGGGCAUGCUCAUAAAUGUGGACACAUAUCAUUUCAUCUGAAAACCAUUGCUAGAUUCAGACAAAGUUAGAGCACAACUCCUUGUGAAAGAUGGCCACAAAGCAUAUGAUUGAUUCAAAAUGAUAUUCUUCCAACAUUGCAACUUUAAACUUCAGGAAAUCAGAACUCAUACAUGCAUACAGAUCAGUUCACAAUUCAACAGCAAAAUACACUUACUAAGCGGUUUAUGGAUCACCAGGUACAUGUAUCCCAGAUGAUCAGUACCUUUUUGUUUGGGGUUCAUCUUAGGGAACAGAAAAGUCUGCCUCCCUUUUGUAGUUUUACUCAGGGUGCUAAAACAAGGAGAGGGUGUUUAGCUUGGAGACUAGAUUAGGUUAGGUGAAGUCUCCAGGAUUAGCUCAGAAUCAACAGGAGAAACCACUUGUAUUAUAUACUUCCGUUUGUGCAUAACUACAAUGUUUAUUCUGUUACAAACCACUGCUUUCAGAAAUAUCUCGGCUAACAGGAUCGACUGUGGGUGUUUUUAGAGGUUUUUAGUCCAUUUUUCCAAAACUGUUCAGGUGUCAUCGUUCGUCUAACACUCGUUUAGUAUUGUCAUAUGCCAAUGGGAGUGGGAAUGCAUGAUAUACCUCAGUGUCAAAUACUUUCAGAAUAAGGUGGAUGUCCCAUAAUUUUAUGAAAUGGCUCAGAAUACAUGCAUCCUAUUUUGACUGGUUCAUACUUUUUGUGUGAGAUGAGAAAUAUGCACUUUGUACAGCUCACCAUCCUAGUUUAAUUCCCUCUUCAAACCCUGGUAUGCUAUAAUUGUGUGUACAGUGUGUGUGUGUGUGUGUGUGUGUGUGUGUGUGUGUGUGUGUGUGUGUGUGUGUGUGUGUUUUGUGUGUGCAUGCAUACUGUCUCAACGUAUGAUCUGGUUGCUCUAAAUAUGAGCAUACAUGUAAAGGUUAAGCGAAAGAAGUUUAGGGCCUAAAACACUAUUGGUGCAGUUGGAAGUUUGUACAAUCUCCUAAAUCCUGUUUCACAACUCUUUGGAACUCCAGAAAAAUGCAGGUCAGAUUUAAAGUGAUAAACCACUCAACUAUAAGCUUUUCACUUACAAAUACAGAGCAAUAAACACUUUAUGUUUUUAGCUGAGCUCUUUGGGUUGAAAGAAUACGGAUAAGUCGAGGGGAAAAAAAAGACAAAAACAUUGGGACAUGCUUAGUUCACUUCCUCUUAUGCAAUUACAAGUAUACACAGAGAGAGGAGUUCAGUGGUCUGUGGACAUUAAUUUCAUAUUUCGCGGCCCUAAUGCAUGUUUUCAUCAUUUUAAAAUGAAGAUAAGAAAAAAAAAAUAGAUAAAAUACGAGCCCAUAUUUCUUACAGAGCAGUGGGCUUUCAACAAACUGCAUGUGAAGCUAGUGUUAGACCUCUGUUUCCCCCUUCUAUCUCUCUCUUUCUCCUUCAUUCUUGCUUUGUGCCCUUGUACCCUCUCUCUUCCUCUGAUGAGUUUUGCCUCAUGUUCUGUUUCCUCGGCCGUCUCCCUCUUUCUGUCCUGCUUGUGAAUUUGAUUUAUUUACUUUUAUUUAUUUUAAAUUUUUUGUAACUGUGCAUGUGAGAGCAUCACUGAAUUGUUGGAUAUGUUUAAAAAAUAUAUAAAGAAAUAUUCAGCUGCUGAAGCCAUGCAAAACAUUUUGAAUUGCCCUUAAAAUAUGGAAAAUGUUUUCUGAAUGCUUUAUAUAAUUUCUGCUGUAAAAUAAAAUCUUAAAAGAGAAA